AUCAGUGGGUGUCGGAUAUGUUGUUUACAUGGCUGUUCGUCUGUUGGGGAGCUGUCAUAUGCCGGGGAAUACAAUCUUCUCGAAUACGCAUUAUGGAUGAACCAAGCACUUGGUGGGAGGCACAAAGCCGAUGCAAUGUGACAGAAGGCAGGUUGUACACACCAGGCUCAGAGGACAUUCCACUAGACCGUCUACAGUCCGGCACCUACUACUGGAUAGGUGCCAUGCAGUACUUAGCCUGGCUUUGGACAGAAGAUGUCAGUCCCCUGUACACCUAUGCUGGCUUCCUUCCCCUGGGGAGUGUGACAGCAGAAUCAAUGGUAGAAUUUCUUGAUAACUCGGUAUGGAAGUGCCAUCGUCAUUGCAGCCCAGCAGCUUCAGUAGGCAUGAAGGGAACCACGUGCUACUGUCUAAAAGUAAGAUACAGCACUACAACUUCGAUGACACCUGAGAACACGUGUCCAGGAAACUUGGACGAAAAGUGUGGAAACGUCCAAGGGAUGUCAGUAUAUAGGCUAGAAAACAUUACAUUUUAUCAAGAGGAAGACAAUUACUGUGCUUAUGCAAUACGUCGGGAUGGAGACCUCUCCAUACACAGCAGCACAUAUGAAGAUUGCCAAAACAAAGAAAGAUGUUAUGCCUGCAUUUAUAGAGGUCCACGUACAUACAUAGAUUGCUGGAAAAAGUCCUGGUAUGAUGCCGACAGGAGAUGCCACUUGGUUAAACUUAAUACAGCUGUUCAGAACGUUCUUCUUAGCCUCACGAGUACGACCACAAUAUACUGGAUUGGCUUAUACAAAGAUAUACACAGGCAAUGGAUAAGCGGAAAGGAGGCUUUGAGCUACGAUGGCUAUCCCAGUAGUUCGUCUUCAGACACCAUGUGUCUGAGUGUAUACAAGCAGAAGAAUGGAAUGAAGCGUUUCUACUGGAGGCCAUGUUCAGAAAAUAGGACGUUCAUAUGUGAAAAUGGUAAAGUUCACUUCUCUACUUCAGUCAUCCUGUCAUAAUGGCUCUGAAACCAGACAAGCACAUGU